AUGGCCCGGAGACCCCGGCACAGCAUAUACAGCAGCGAUGACGAUGAAGAAGAUGUUGAGAUGUACGACCAUGAUUACGACGGCCUGCUUCCUAAGGCUGGGAAACGUCACCUAGGGAAAACCAGAUGGACCCGUGAAGAGGAUGAGAAACUGAAGAAACUUGUGGAACAGAAUGGCACAGAAGACUGGAAAGUCAUUGCCAAUUUCCUUCCUAAUCGGACAGAUGUUCAGUGCCAGCACAGGUGGCAGAAAGUGUUAAACCCAGAACUUAUCAAAGGUCCAUGGACUAAGGAGGAGGAUCAAAGGGUAAUAGAACUCGUGCAGAAAUAUGGUCCAAAGCGCUGGUCGGUCAUUGCUAAGCACUUGAAGGGAAGAAUUGGAAAACAGUGCAGGGAGAGGUGGCACAACCAUCUGAAUCCAGAAGUGAAGAAAACCUCCUGGACAGAAGAGGAAGAUAGAAUUAUUUACCAGGCACACAAGAGACUGGGAAACAGAUGGGCAGAAAUUGCAAAGUUGCUGCCUGGACGGACUGAUAAUGCUAUCAAGAACCACUGGAAUUCCACCAUGCGCCGGAAGGUCGAGCAGGAGGGCUACCUGCAGGAGUCCUCCAAAUCCGGGCUGCCCUCGGCAGCCACCGGCUUCCAGAAGAGCAAUCACCUGAUGGCCUUUGCCCACAACCCACCCGCAGGCCCACUCCCCGGGGCCGGCCAGGCCCCGCUGGGCAAUGAUUACCCCUACUAUCACAUUGCUGAGCCACAAAACGUCCCUGGUCAGAUCCCAUAUCCAGUAGCACUGCAUGUAAAUAUUGUCAAUGUUCCUCAGCCAGCUGCUGCAGCUAUUCAGAGACACUAUAAUGAUGAAGACCCUGAGAAAGAAAAACGAAUAAAGGAAUUAGAGUUGCUACUAAUGUCGACUGAGAAUGAACUGAAAGGGCAGCAGGCAUUACCAACACAGAACCACACAGCAAACUACCCCGGCUGGCAUAGCACCACAGUUGCUGACAAUACCAGGACCAGUGGUGACAAUGCACCUGUUUCCUGUUUGGGGGAACAUCACCACUGUACUCCAUCUCCGCCAGUGGAUCAUGGUUGCUUACCUGAGGAAAGUGCGUCCCCUGCACGGUGCAUGAUUGUUCACCAGAGCAACAUCCUGGAUAAUGUUAAGAAUCUCUUAGAAUUUGCAGAAACACUCCAGUUAAUAGACUCCGAUCCUUCAUCAUGGGGUGAUCUCAGCAGUUUUGAAUUCUUUGAAGACACAGAUAUUCUGGCUGGCAAAACUACUUCAGGCAGAGCCGUGCAGCAGCAACAUGGAGGGGCCAGUGCUUGUAGACCUCCAGGACGCCCCACCUCAAACCUGAGCAAAACCAUGUCAAGUCAGGGCCCUCCUGGCUCACCAAAGUCCUUGUCUGCCUCGCAGGGCAGUGCGACUCCGUUGGUCCUUCGCAAAAGGAGAGGGCAUGCCAGCCCCUUAGCCAGUAGCCCCAGUAGCACCUUGGGACUGGCUGAUGGCAGCAGCUCAACUUCUAAGCACUCCCCUGUCAAAAGCCUGCCCUUCUCUCCCUCGCAGUUCUUAAACACAUCGCCCAGUCACGAAAAUCUGAACCUGGACAACCCUGCACUAACCUCCACGCCGGUGUGUGGCCAUAAGGUGGCUGUUACCACCCCAUUCCACAGGGACCAGACUUUCAAAACUCAGAAGGAAAAUCAUAUUUUCAGAACUCCUGCAAUCAAGAGGUCGAUAUUAGAGAGCUCUCCAAGAACACCCACUCCAUUCAAAAACGCACUUGCAGCUCAGGAAAUCAAAUAUGGUCCUUUGAAGAUGCUGCCUCAAACUCCGACUCAUCUUGUAGAAGAUCUGCAGGACGUUAUCAAGCAGGAGUCAGAGGAAUCUGCGAUAGUGGCAGGGCUACAUGAAAGUGGACCCCCUUUGCUGAAGAAAAUCAAACAAGAGGUGGAGUCUCCUACAGAUAAAGCUGGAAAUUUUUUUUGCUCAAACCACUGGGAAGGAGAAAACCUGAACACUCAGCUCUUUACACAUGCAUCUUCCAUGGAAGAUGUGCCAAAUCUUCUUACCAGCUCAAUUUUAAAGAUGCCAGUGUCAGAAGAGGAGAGCAGUUUCCACAAAACAUUUGCUGUACCUAGGAACCGGCCACUAGCUAGCCCACUGCAGCAUUUGAACAACGCUUGGGAGUCGGCGUCUUGCGGGAAAACCGAGGACCAGAUGGCCCUGACCGACCAGGCACGCAAGUACAUGGCCGCAUUCCCAACCCGGACUCUGGUGAUGUGAAAGGGCCGACGGACUUCUCCGGAGAAGCAUUAUGGUUGGCAAACACUCCUCGUUCACUGGGAAGUCCCUGUUCCUCUGCAUGAGGACUUUUCGUGAAUGGGAGACGAGCCUAUCUUUGUUGUGGUACAACAGUUGGGAGAGCACGAAGUGCAUUUAGUCACUGAGCAUAUAUUUUCUUGUUGGAUUUCACCCAACUUAAGAGAAUUUUCUUUUUUUUUUUUUUUUUUUUUUGAGUGA